AUGACGGACGUCGAGAUGACCGCCGCGGACGCGGACGUUUGGCCGUCCACGAAGAUCAUUCAAUCCAACCUCGAGAAGGGCGAGCUCCUUCUCACGCCGAACAUGGCCGCGCGGCCGCCGAAAGGGCACUCGUACGUCCCCGUCGGCGAGUACGCGGUGUUCGUCGAGGCGUACGAAGAGCGCAAGCGCCGGCCGAAGGUGACGGCGAGGGCGAUGCCGCCGCCGAAGGCGAAGGCCCCCGCCAAGAAGAAAGCCGCGCCGAAGAAGGUUUACCAGGAGGAGGAGUACUGGCCGGCGGAAGUGUACACGCCGCCGGUGGUGCAGGGGCCGGUGAUUCCGCAGAUGCCGGAUCUCACCGGCCUCACCCCCGAGGAGGCCAAGGCGAAAAAGAAGGAGUUCAAGAGGAUGCAGCGCGAGAUCUUACUGAAGCAGAUCAGUGCGAUUCAGGACGCGCACAAGACCUUGGACGAGGCUGAGGAGGAGGCGAAGAAGAAAGCGGAGGAGAAGAAGGCGAGGGAGGAGGGAAGGAAACGCGCGGCGAAGCCCUCGCAGGCGCACGGUCAAGAUUUCAUCGUCGGCGAAAAGGCGUCCGAAAAGGCGGUGGAGAAAGCGAGCAAGUUUGAGGGGAAAAAGACGAAGAAGGUGCCGAAGAAGGGCAAGGACGGGAAGAUCAUCACGAUGAGGGACAUGAAGCGCGAUGAGCUGAUGGUCGAUCGCAAGGAUCGCAGGGUGGCUCUCAUCAGAAAAUGCCGCGAGGUGCUCACGCUGACGCGAAAGAACAAGGACGCGAGGAUCUUCGCCAUGCCCGUGGACCCGAUGAAGAUGGGACUCCCGGACUACUUCGACAUCAUCAAGAACCCGAUGGACUUUGGGACGGUGAAACAGAGGCUCGACUCGAAGGCAGCGGGGACGGCAUACGACCACCCGAUGGAAUUCUACCGCGACGUCACGUUGACGCUGGACAACUGCAGGCUGUACAAUAAAGCGGACUCGGUCGUCGGCACGAUGGGCGAGAGCGUCAGAGCGGAUUUCGAGAAGCACUGGGCCGCCGCGGAACUUGAAGCGAAGGCUGCGGAUGAGGACGAAUACCGCGCCUCCGAGGAGGCGAUCAUCGCGGCGGAACCGGACGAUCCCGUCGAGGAGGAGGUUCUCGAGGAGUCCAAGCAAGUGUCCGAGAUUAACCGCCAGCUCGCGGAGGUGCAGCGACAGCUAGAGGAGUUCAAACGCGCGCAUUCCGAGGGGACCAGGAUGACCCCGCCCAGCGGCGGCGGCGGCGGCGGCGGCGGCGCGAAGCGCAAGAGACCCGCGGCGGACCUCGAAGACGACGAGUAUUUCAUGGACGAGGAGGAGCCGGACGACGUGUACAUUCCCGCGCCGCGCAACCGCGGAGGCUCGCGGGGCGGAGGCGGCGGCGCGUCGCGGUCGCGCGGCGGCGGCGGAGGCGGCGGAGGCGGAUCUCGAGCCCCCGCGCGCGCUCCGGCGUCUGAACCGCUCCCCACGCGCGACAUGACGUACGCGGAGAAACAGGAGCUCACCGAGCUUCUCGGCGAGCUCCCCGAGGACAAGCAAGCGAAGGUCGUGCAGAUCGUCGUCGAGCGUCAGAAGGAGCUUGGCAACGCGGAGGGCGACCUCAUCGAGAUAAAUAUCGAGGAGCUCGACUCCGUGACGCUGUGGAAGCUCGACCGGUUCGCGCGCUCGUGCAUCAAGCCGAAGAAGAAGAAGCCGACGCAGGCGGAGAUUCUCCUCGAAGCCCAGCGCGCGGAGGAGGAGGCACAGCGGGAGCUGAUGGAGGUGGAGGCGAGCCUCGGCGUCGGCGUCGGCGCGCCCGCCGCGCCCGCCGCGCCCUCCGAGCCCGCCGCCGCGCCCGCGCCCGAUAAACGCGCGAGCGACUCGGACGCGACGUCGAGCAGCAGCAGCGACAGCGGGUCGUCCUCCUCGGACAGCGACAGCCUCGACUCCGCGGAGGGCGGCGGAUCGAACCCGAAAGACGGCACGGCGGCGGCCGCCGCUGGCGCGGGGGUCGCCCCGGCGCCCGCCCCGGCCGGCGGCGCCUCCGCGGUGGAGGUGUCGAGCUCGCGUCCGGUCGACGAGGGCCUCGCGCUGAAACAGAACCAGAGCAAGCAGGAGGUCAUCAUCCAGAACCAAGCUGGGUGGAACAACCUCGCGGACAAGCCCGGAGACGCGGCGCCGGCGGCGGGCGCGACGAACGGCGAAACCGCCGCCGCGGGCGAGAAGGAGGCCAUCCCGGACUCGCUCUGGUCCGACUUCGAAGCGAUGGCGCAGCAGAAAUCCGACCGCGAGAAGGAGAGAGAAGCGGAAGAGGAGAGAGAGAAAGCUGCCGCGGUCGCGAAGGAGGAGGCUGCGAAAGAAGAGGAGGAACGGAAGCGCCGAGCCGCCGUCGAAGCGGAGGCGGCGGCGAAGCGCGCCGAGGAGGAAGCCGAAGCGGAGAAGAAGCGCGCACUCGAGGAGGCGAGGAAGAAGGCGCGCGAGGAACUCGACGGGAUGGACCAGACCGUGGACAUAGAAGCGCAGCGGGAGGUGAUGAAGGAGUUCGACGCGCAGUAA